GAAAUCGCAAAAACGCACUGGUUGUCAAAAAAUUACGUAAACAACAAAGAUGUCUGUCAGUGUCUAGCCGUCUUAGGACAUCCGAAUCCAAAUAUGCUGAGGUUCGCCAUCAAGGCUGGUCUGGCCGGAGGUGCCGUUUAUUAUUCGCGCCAGGAAGGGAUUUGGAAGGAAAACACGGAUGAGGUGUACGAACGCUAUUGCAAAGCAUUGCAACCACAUCUGACGUCGGUACGGCAGUAUCUUCCUGUCGAGGUUCCUGCCCUUCCAUCCUCCGGGGAAGUUAAUUUCUUGACUAAGCACUACUACAAUGAAGGCGUGAAGAAUACGAUCUAUUUCAUUCACCGUAUACCGUGCUAUAUGGGCCAAUGGACCAAACAGGCAUCCGAUGCCGUUAAGAAAGCAUUAAAUCCUCCAGGCGAGGGUCCAUCAUCAACUGAUUUAACCACUGCCCCGAAGCAAUAAACCAAAUAGUUCAAUGUUACUAGAAAACAACGAAAUUCGAUGAGAAGAUAUCUAUAAUAUGAUCUGCGGGUGCAUUGAAUAAACAGUUGUUAAAAAUGGUAUCCGAA